AUGGGGCUCCCCUCCAACCCGGAUCCUUCGGACACAGCCCUGCGGGGAGGGGAGAAGCGGAGCCCGGGGCCCCCGGGCGAGGACACGGAGUGCGCCUGGGACCUAGGGGAGCUGCCUGCCCCAGCCCCUCCCCCCUUUCCCUGGCCUCCCGCUACCUUUCUAAGCUGGCCCCCUGCCCCCUGCCCUCAGGUGGUGGCACUGGGGGAUGUGCCAGAUGGCACGGUGGUGACGGUGAUGGCGGGCAACGAUGAGAACUACUCUGCCGAACUGCGCAAUGCCUCUGCCGUCAUGAAGAACCAGGUGGCCAGGUUCAACGACCUUCGCUUCGUGGGCCGCAGUGGGCGAGGGAAGAGUUUCACACUGACCAUCACCGUGUUCACCAACCCCACCCAAGUGGCCACCUACCACCGAGCCAUCAAGGUGACUGUGGAUGGACCCCGGGAGCCCAGACGGCACCGGCAGAAGCUGGAGGACCAGACCAAGGCGUUCCCCGACCGCUUCGGCGACCUGGACCGGGUGCGCAUGCGGGUGACCCCGAGCAUGCCCAGCCCCCGCGGCUCGCUCAGCACCACAAGCCACUUCAACAGCCAGGCCCAGACCCCCAUCCAAGGCACCUCGGACCUGAACCCUUUCUCCGACCCCCGCCAGUUCGACCGCUCCUUCCCAGCGCUACAGACCCUCACGGACAGCCGCUUCCCGGACCCCAGGAUGCAUUACCCGGGAACCAUGUCCGCGGCCUUCCCCUACAGCGCCACGCCCUCGGGCACGAGCAUCAGCAGCCUCAGCGUGGCCAGCAUGCCCGCCACCAGCCGCUUCCACCCCACCUACCUCCCGCCACCGUACCCUGGGGCCCCGCAGAACCAGAGCGGGCCCUUCCAGACCAACCCGUCCCCUUACCACCUCUACUACGGUGCGUCCUCUGGCUCCUACCAGUUCUCCAUGGUGGCCGGCAGCAGGGGCGGGGUGGCCCAGGAUUUUUCACGAGGGAAUGGAAGAAACCACCCCUCGCAGCGUGUUCCCACGCGCAGGGUUGGGGAGAGGGCAGAACAGGUGGAGCCUAAAGCAGGCUCGGUGGGAGCCGCUCUGGGGCCCGAGCUGGAAGAGCAGCGACUCAGCAGCAAUCAACUGCAGCGCAUGCAGCUGGGUCAGCUCCCCCAUUUUGCAGAUGAAGAGACUGAGGUGCAAAGAGGGGGUGUCAUCUGGCUUCACAUCUCCCUGGGCGAGGACCGCAGCCUGCUGGUCACACAGUUUGAGGUCUCUGGGGGGGAGCACUGCAGUAACCACAGCAGCCUGCAGGUGGCAGCAGGUGGAGAGCGGAUUCCCCUCCAGACAAGGGGAAUCCUCGGUGAGGUCAUCCACCAGCCCCCACAGGCCCAGGGGCCCAAGCUGACAGUCAUGGCCAAGGGCCGGGAACAGCCCUCGACAGUGACAGCGGCCGAGAGCGGGCAGGACCCUGGAUUCCCACGCGUGUUUGAAAUCAAGUUCAGCUCCACCAGGACCUGCUCACCGGAGCGCCAGUGCCCGGCCCUGACCUGGGCUCCUGGGCCGGACAGUUGUCACGUGGGGCCAGCUCUUCAGGCACAGUCCGCGGAGCCAGAACCCCGGGAUGCAGCCCUCAGUCACCCCCGAGGAGCGGUGCAGCCUUGA